AUGGCCUCCGAUCACACCAGGCGCUCUCUACAUUUCACGGCUGGCUUCUGGAUCAACGAUCCUUGUGCGCCCGGCUAUGAUCCGAGCACGGGCUUAUACCAUGUCUUCUAUCAAUGCAAUCCACAUAGCACUGAAUGGGGCUCUAUGUCAUGGGGUCGUCUUACCAGCAAAAACCUCGUUUCCUGGACACCCUCCGCCACGCCCGCUUUAGUUCCUGACUAG